UUAGCGGGAAAUUUCAGCGCUAAUAACCGCAUGUCACAAGUAACGGAAGACACGGAGCCGCACAGCCUGCCGGGAGCUGUAGUUCCAGCGGGCCACAUUUUCCAUUCAUGUAAACGGAAGUCGAAACUAUAUUAGACUCAAUCCCCAUAAUGCACAGCGGCUCCCAUUUCUUCUGCGUCUGGCUCUUGUAGUCCACCCCGCCAUAGACCACAAUGAUUAAUGUAACAGUAAAAACUACAAUGCCCGGCAUGCCUCGCGUUUCACCUGUACAUGCAGCAGUUCGGCCAUUACGGAGAAGGCUUCUUUAGAAGCUCCCUUUUACUUCGCCGUAUGCCGCCCUUCGUUGCCUCCGCUCACUGCAGAGUCUCGGCGGAGAGCGCCUAUUGCGGCCAGAGGCUUCUUUCUUCUUAUAAACCGAGCCGUUCGGCCAUGACUACAUUUCCCGCCUCCCCCUGCGCUUCUUCAGUGCCGUACGCCGAGACGUCGCGCGCGGUGCUUGCCGGGAACAGCAGUCUUCCAUCCCACUGAGCUCUACUCAAUUCCUAUUCGUAAGGACUACAUGUCCCAGGGUUCCCCGAGCCUAGAGGCGGCAGAGACUUUGGCGCCGGCGCGCUCCGCUGUAUUAUUGUAGUUCCCAGUGCGGAUCAAGAUGGCGGCUGCGGCCUCGGCUGGUCCCGGAGCCUCGGGCUCGGUUCGGGGCCGCUUUCCGGGCCGGCCGUGGGUGGGGAGAAGCGGGAACCGGGCGGACAGGGUUCGGGUCCCGUUUUACAUCGCUGGGAGAGCAGCGGAGACCGUAGACCCCGUUCAUCUCCGGAUCCUCGAACUCCACCUGAACAUGAAGCGCCUGGCGGGGGCCUGUGGCCGGGAGAGUGACAGCGCCGAGGAAGAAUUUGAGGGGUUCAGUGAUGAUGAGCUCGUCCGGAGUCCUCGGCGCCUGGCUCUGAGAUUGAAAAAAGGUCACAAAUCUAAAGCCCCGCCAAGCUCUCCUCCCCCAUCUGCAGUGUCUUGCUCCACGCCAAGAAGUCCUAGCGCUAAGCAAGAGAGCCCCGCUGCGCCCUUGAAGCGCGAGUGCCCCGCCACUCCGGUUAAGCAGCCGACGAGCCUGGUACUGUCCAAUAUAAAACAGAGUUUCACCCCUGAGAAGAUUGUCCGGGUGCAUCUGACUCAACUGGAUCCUUCCUUGUAUAGUUUGCAUUCUUCUACGUUACUGUAUUCUUCAAAGGAAACGCCAAAAUCCUCAACCAAUCACAGCACUGCUUUAUCUCCCCGCCUUUCCCCUCCCGAUCAUGCCACUCCCCCCAAACAGCUGAAUAGCGCCCCUGAUCCUCCUGCCCGUAACAGACGCCAGCAGAGGAACAGAAGACCGGCUGGUCCUAGACGCCGCUCUCGGACUAGUCGAUGCAAAGCAAGCUCCUUGGAAACUCAACAGGAUGAAAAGGACUCCCUCCAAGACGCACCUGCUGAGGAGAGUAGUAUCUAUGAACCUCUUAAAGAUUUUUCUUCGGACCCUGUCAGUACCAAUGCUGGUGAUACGAGGAAGCCAGUGUCUUCAGGAGAUGAUUCCAUGGACACAACUACCGAGACGAAUCUCAGUGGGACCUCCGAACCUGUUGUCGUCAGCUUGGAUGAACCAAAAAAUCUGAUAAGUUGUAGCUCCAGGGAAGGAGAGAUUGAGGAGCAGAGCUCUGAUUGUGUAGUGGUGGCCAAAGAGCAGAAGAAACGAAGGGGACUAAGGGACCGAUACAUUCCUAAAGUCAAGUGGAAGCUAAGAGGGGGAUGUAGGCAAGAGAGUCAACCAGAAGGAGAAGUGGCAGAAACAGCAACACUUGAAAACGACGUCAAGGAGGAUGAAAAAGACAAGAUACUACUGAUUGACCCCGAUCUUCCAGUGACUGACUGUAAACCAGCCGUAGAAGUAACAAUGCCCAUAAAGGAUGAAACCACUGAUCAAACCAUGAACGACAGCCAAGAUGGUUCCCAAAGUUCGGUCCCCCAAGAAAACGAUGAAGCGAACAAUCAAGAGAUGGUUGAAUUGGAGGAGAAAUGUUUUGACAAAAGUAGCGAUUCCGAUUCUCAGGUGGAGACUGCAGAAGCUCCUCCAGAACCUCCGGAGAUGGAGAUGACGCAGAGUUCAGCACCAGUAAAGGAACAAAUCGGUUUACGAGACGUGUCUCCUGCCUUGUCAGAAAUUCCACUUCCGCAAAUAAAGAUAAAAAUUAUGAAAGCGAAGUCGAGGAGUUCAAGGAGGUCGCAGCACACAUCCGCCCGGAGGCUGAUAGUUAAGUUGGUGGAAGUGGAGAGCAAGACUGAGCCUAAACCACAAGCUCAGUCUUCCAAAGCAGAGACUUCAGGCAUCGACAGCGAAGUCUUCCUCAAGCCUUCAGUCAGUGCAAGACCUUCCCGCGUCAUCAAAAUGCCUCGUAGAUUCAUGGACGAUUCGGAGUCACAGGCCACCGAGAACCAGGCAAAGAAGGUUCUUUCCAAGCCCACCCUCACCAUGGCAGAGUUGGAGAAACAGGUGCUCUCCGAUGCUCUUCCUCCUUCUGACCCUCGUUUUAGUCUUUUUAAUGACGAGGACCACCUCAACUUGCUACCUCCAACAUCUCCCCAUACGGACUCCACCCAGACAGCUACAUCUCCUCCUUCCACUGCUCCACAGUCCGCCCCUUCUGAAACUGUUCGCAAAAACAUCCUCCGGGCACCGACGUUUUGUUGGAGAUCAUCAAACGUUUUGGAGGUCCAGGAGGCGCCAAGUUCCAGUCAGCCUGUCUUUCGUCUGCAGUCUCCGACCUCACCGGAUGACCCCUUAAAACCCAGCCCUCCAGCUUCUACUCCUUCUUCCCCUCUUCCAUCCAAUGUUCCUCCCAAACUGGAGUCUACCAAACGUUCUCCUCUCCUCCGUGCUCCUCAAUUCACGCCCAGUGAAGCGCACUUGAAGAUUUACCAGUCUGUUUCACUCCAUGACAAGGAGGCCAAGACGCAUCUAACAGAUCACUGUUCCGCCGUUGUCGCCUCUUCACCAGAAGUGCUGGUUUCCGCCACGGCUAAACCUGGUGAUUUGCAGCCUUCGGGAAGAAGGGCGAACCACUUGGCUUUACCUCUGUUUGUGGACACUCUUUCUGGAAACAUGGAAGUCCCUUGCAACUCUUCGGAGGUGACGGCAUCGAACCUCAAGAGCAGUGAAGUGCGUUCUGAGCCAGCAGAGCUGCUCUCAAGCUUGAGAUCCGAGAAGCCGACUGGCAACCUGCAGCAGAACGAGCUGCUUGACUCUUCCAACAAACCCCUGGAGAUCGGAGCCAUGACUCUGUGCGCCCAAAGCGCUGCCCGAGCCGUGUGCAAAAUGGUUGUGAAAUCCCAUGGUACCUCUUGUGUGGGGUCACUGUCCCAGGAAGAGGGCACCUCGUUCCCGCCAAAUGAAAUUACUCUCUCCGGUACUGACAAGAAGGUCAUCAGCCUCCUGGAAAAGGCCAAAAUACAGCUCUUCAAGAUAGACAAGCAGAAGACCGUGGACCUGGCAGCGGCUGCAGAUUCCUCUCAGGGUGAAAAUGGCACCAAGUCUGCCGCCGCUCAGGGCCAGGACUCUCCUGUACAAGGACCCCGCAUUAAACACGUGUGCAGACACCCUGCUGUGGCCCUGGGCCAGCCCCGCGCCAUGAUCCCGGAGGACAUCCCCAGGCUGAGCGCCCUGCCGCUGUGCGAGCGGGAGGCCUCCCAACCCCCGGCCGCUCCUGAGGACCAUUCCUCCGCCUCCGAGCCGGAGACCGUCACCGUGGUGAAACAGAGGCCAGUGAGGCAGCCGCCGCCUCCACCCCCGCGUAGACCAAGACCCACGUCCAGGGCCCGGCUCCGCAUGACCAGGUGUGGAAAAUGCAAAGGUUGUCUGGUGACGGAGGACUGCGGGACCUGCGUCAACUGCCUGGACAAAACCAAGUUUGGAGGCCCCAACACCAAGAAGCAAUGUUGUGUGAACAAGAGAUGUGAUGUGAUCGAAGCGCGCAGGCUGCAGAGACAGUCGCACAAAGGACGGAAAGUGAUCAGGCACCUCCCGCCCACCCGCUACAGCGUCUCCGAAUCAGACGAAUCUUUUCCCGAUACAUUUCGAAACGAAGACACCGAACCCUCCGAUCGAUUGGAAACCGGACAGAUGACCCAGCGCAAAUCUAGCCGCCGCUGUGUGAGACAACGCCCCUGCUACGACCUCUUCCCCGAUUCUGAAGAUUCAGACUACGAUCCGAGCCCCAGCGCCCCCCGCCGCAAACAGAGACGGGAGUCUGAGAUUAACAACGUGAUUUCUAGGGGAAAAAAAUCUGUUUCUUCUCAUGUCACAGAUUUGCUUCCCCAGGACUCGGAGGAGCAGAGUAAACCCCGCAGAACCCCGCAGCAGCCCCUGAUCCUCCGAGCCAGGUCUGGGCCGGAGCUGGACUUUAUGGUGAAUGGUUCAUCAACGAAGAUCAAAUCUUCUGAUGGAACGCAUCGCUUACGCGUGGAUUUCAAGGAGGACUGUGACUUGCAGAACGUGUGGCUGAUGGGGGGACUCAGCAUCCUGACCUCUGUGCCCAUAACGCCGACACAUGUGUGCCUGCUGUGCGCCAGUCGCGGGCAUCAUCAGUUCUUGUACUGUCAGGUGUGCUGUGAACCUUUCCACACAUUCUGCCUGGAAGAGUCCGAGCGGCCUCUACCCGAGCAGGAGGACGGCUGGUGCUGCCAACGAUGCAAGUUCUGCAACGUGUGCGGACGCAAAGGGAAGGCCAAAAAGCCUUUACUGGAGUGUGAACUUUGUCAGACAAACUACCACAUAAACUGUCUGGGUCCAAAUUAUUCCGUCAAACCUCCCCGCAGCAGGAAAGGCUGGCUCUGCUCAUCCUGCAUUCGUUGCAAGAGCUGCGGAGCGUCUCCUGCUGUGGACGCAGAUAUGGAGUUAACAGAAGGUGGUAACCUGUGCACAGAAUGCUCCAACCUUUACAAUAAAGGAAAUUUCUGCCCCAUCUGCAAUCGAUGCUACGAAGAAAACGACUACGAGAGCAAGAUGAUACAGUGCGUGAAAUGUGUGAAGUGGGUGCACUCCAAGUGUGAGGGGCUCUCAGACGAGGGAUACGAGAUCCUGUCUAACCUACCCGACAGCGUGGUGUACAACUGCCCCCCGUGUUUGGGCGAAAGCAGUGCGCUAUGGCGGGGGGCGAUGCUUUCCGAGCUGACUGCCGGCCUCCAUGAGGUCCUGCAGGGACUGGUGACCUCCCAAAUGUCCACGCCGCUCAUGCAGUGUAUUCAGUGUCAAAGUGGAGAAGACCAGCUGAAGUGUCACCAUACACCCUGCGAUCUAGAGUCCCUAGGCCACCUGUUAGAGGAAGGAUGCUACAACUCGAUAGCGACUUUCAAUGAUGACUUGGUUUGGGUAAUCCAACAAACCAUGAAAAGCGGCCAAUUAGAUGAACAUGGAGAAGCUGUGAAAGCCCUGUACAUCAAGUUGAUGGAGAAAAGUUUCAGCUGGUUCAAUGUUGAAGACUCCAAGUACUGGGAGAAAAAUCACAGAUCUGUAAACAACGGGCUCCUUCCUCACGCCGUGCUGCCUCCUUAUCCGGAUCAUACUUACGCCCAUUGGCGGGAGAGAGACGAUGGCUCGCAGUCAAGCAAUGGAAUCAGGCCGCACCCCAUGUCCCCCCAGAAAGUGAAGAAAGAAGCGGUGACUGAGCCGGGGAGAGAGACGGAGAAAGAUUCCCGCCAGUGCGCCUUGUGUCUGAAGUACGGAGACGACGACCCCAAGGAUGCCGGAAGACUACUUUACAUUGGCCAGAACGAGUGGACCCACAUCAACUGUGCUAUCUGGUCGGCCGAAGUCUUCGAGGAGAAUGACGGCUCCCUGAGAAACGUGCACGCCGCUGUGGCUCGAGGACGGCAGCUGCGUUGCGAGGACUGCAUGAAGAUCGGCGCCACGGUCGGCUGCUGUCUGUCCACCUGCCAAAGUAAUUUCCAUUUCAUGUGCGCCCGAGCCAACCGCUGCAGCUUUCAGGACGACAAGAAGAUGUUCUGUCAGAAGCACACAAGUCUGCUGGACGGAACGACGGUCGCCGACGACGGCUUUGACGUUCUGCGCAGAGUCUACGUGGACUUCGACGGGAUCAACUUCAGAAGGAAGUUUCUUCAGGGUCUAGAACCGGAGAAUAUCCACAUGAUGAUCGGCUCUAUGAAGAUAGACACCAUGGGCAUGCUGACUGAUCUAUCUGUGUCGGAAGGGAAGAUUUUCCCCGUAGGUUACCAGUGUUCUCGCUUAUACUGGAGCACGCUGGAUGCCAAGCGGCGCUGCUGGUACAAAUGCAGGGUAGUCGAGCAUCGCCCAAAAGAGGGUGAUCUUCCCCCAGAAGAACUGGACGGUCAUGGUGACAAUAGGACGAUCAUUCACAGCCACAGCCCAGGAGCUGUCCCAGCAAAGAAAGUGUCACCUGAUCCUCCUACACCAGAAAGGGUCCCACUCCUUUGCCAUCUCCCAUUAGAGCCCGUCACUGCAGCAGUCCCCCCUCGCUCCUUCAGCGGUGCGCGAAUGAAGACUCCAAACUUCUCUCCAUCCCGCCGGCCACUCGGAGGCUCUUCCCGCCCGCUGCCGUCACCAGGGAGUCCGUCGUCUUCCUCGUUAUCCCACCACAUCCUAACGGUCAGUGAUCCCGAGGUGACGCCUCUUCGCAGGAGCCGACGACCACCGGCUCCUUCACCCAGAGCCACUCGUCAGUCUUCUGGGCGGCCGCCAUCCACCUCCCCUCUGCCUGUUACUCGCCGAUCGUCUGCUGAGAACGAGACCCUGAUGCUGUGCGGCAUGGGUGAUGUGCCGUCAUCGAAGUCUGUCACCGGUCUGUCGCAGUGCGGAGCUCAGCAUACGGCUCCGGCGGAUGAAUCUGACGUUGGGAGUAGCUCGGAGGAGGAAGCGGGUGACACGUACUAUGGGCUGGCGCGGACGGUGGUGUCCCAGGAACCGUUGAGCCCACUACUGUCUACUGCGAUGUCUGGACAUAUUGAACAGCUUGAUGGCAUCCAUGACAGUACAGAUAGUGAGGACACAUCGCAGGGACACAAUAGACCCUUCCCCUCCCACUUGCCAUCUGAGAUAGUGGAGUUUGUGUUAAAGGCAGUGGGGGACUCUGCGAUGGCAGCGCAGUCGCAGCAGCUGUCCUCUACAGCCGCCACCACCUCUGCCGCCAUCAUCCAGAAUGGGGUUACAUCUGCCUCGCUGUUAAAUGGAACAGAAUGCGUAACACAAGGACCGCCACCACUCAGGGACCCGCCACAAGUGCAAAGGGUGUGUCGUCCGCUAUUGGCCAUGCCCUCCAAUGGCUCCCCGUGCCCCGUCGAGCCUUCAUCAGUCGCCCUCAGCAACUCGGGAUCAAACAUUUUUUUCCUCAACAAACAAACAGGCCAGAUAAUAAAUGUACAGGGCAGCAACAUGGCGGGAAGUACCAGCCUGCCUCAGGACACUGCGAAAUCUGACUCUGUCCAAAUCACCCGGGUAGCCCCCGCAAUGUCCGGUAAGGUGGCCCCUCUAAUUAACAACAGAGUUCCCAUCCCUUGUCUUCCUCAGACUACUGCAGCCAAACUUCCUCCUACAUCCCAGUCCCCAAAUCUUAGCAACUUUUUAAUACAGACCUCUUCUGCAGCCUCACCGCAAUGGACGUUUCGUGUCCUUCCAAUGCUAAAUGUGGUGCAAGGGACGGGGCAGCUUACUCUGGGGGCUCAGACGAUGAUGGCCCCGGCAAUCACUGGCAUCCCUCAGACGUGCGUUCUGCAGGGCCUCUCUAUGAAUACAGGACUACUCAGUGUUGCGCCUACCCCUGCCCAACCACAUCCUCAACCUCAGGCACAAGUACAACUGCCUGUCCUACAACCUGCGCCCCCCAAACCACUCCAGAUACCACCCAUCAGCAUUAAGAGAAUCGGCAGCGACUUCAUCGCUUGUUCUUCCACCAAGAAAGUGAAACUUGACUUGACUAAUAAACUGGAAGCACUGAACCCACAGAUGUUAACGCAGUCCGUGGCACUGAAUAUAAAUUGCACAUCGCAGAAGACAACUAAUGCAAGACAAAAACGUAAGAUCCGAGAACCGCCGUUCCAGGAGUUUUUGGACUUUGACUUGUUAGAGGAGGAGGAUCCCAGAAUGGACAUGAACGGGCUUCAUUUAGAUCUCACUGUUGAUGUGAAAACUGAAUAUCCGACAGCAGAGUCGGCCAAAGAGUCCCCCGGCUCCGAGCACGCCCCAGAUUUUUCUCCCAAUUUUGACGACUUUGAGGACUGUUUUCUGGAAGAGAAGGAGAACCUGUUACCGAGGAGAGGCAGCCCCCACCUGCGCUUCGAAAUAAUCAGCGAGGACGGAUUCUACACCCAGUCUGACAGCGCAGAUGGGGCAUGGAGAAAAGUGGUCGAAAAGGUGCAAGAGGCGCGAGGUGUCGGCAGGCUCAGACAGUUGUCCUUCUCAGGCCUGAGCGGAUCAAGGAUGCUGGGCGUUCAGCACGACGCCGUCCUCUUCCUCCUGGAGCAGCUCAUCGGAGCAGAGCGCUGCCGUGGAUAUAGGUUUCUCUUCCACCCGCAGGAGGUUGAGGAGGAAGAGCUGCUGAUCAAUCCAUCAGGCUGCGCCCGUAGCGAGGUCUACAUGAGGAAAUCCACCUUUGAUAUGUUCAAUUUCCUGGCGUCCCAGCACCGCACGCUGCCGGAACUGUGCGUGUACGAGGAAGAGGAGGAGGAAGUGCAGCUGAAAUCCACCAGGCGAGCGACCAGUCUGGAUCUCCCCAUGGCCAUGAGGUUCCGACACCUGAAGAAGACUUCCAAAGAAGCUGUCGGAGUGUACAGGUCGGCGAUCCACGGCAGGGGGCUGUUUUGCAAAAGAAACAUUGAUGUCGGUGAAAUGGUCAUUGAGUACUCGGGCAUCGUGAUCCGCGCCGUGCUGACCGACAAGAGGGAGAAAUAUUACGACAGCAAGGGCAUCGGUUGUUACAUGUUCCGCAUCGAUGACUUUGAUGUGGUGGACGCUACGAUGCACGGCAACGCGGCGCGCUUCAUCAACCACUCGUGCGAGCCCAACUGCUACUCCAGGGUCAUCCAUGUGGAAGGCCAGAAGCACAUUGUCAUCUUCGCCCUCCGGAGCAUUUACCGCGGCGAGGAGCUGACCUACGACUACAAGUUCCCCAUCGAGGAUGCCAGCAACAAGCUUCCUUGCAACUGCGGUGCCAAGAAGUGUCGCCGGUACCUCAACUGAACGCGGCUGGCGGCGGAGGUGCUGGCACUUCCCAAGGCGGACGCACCAAAGCCUCCCUUGACCGGGCUGAGAAAGAUCAAUGGUGCUUCUCUCUGUGCAGAUGGCUGUACGUACAAUAUGGAGGCUCGGCGCAGAGGAGAGCAUCACCGGAAACCGCACUUUACCCUCUGCCCUGCUGUCCCCUGCAAGACUCCAGGGCAGGUCCUCUCCUUCCUCUCAGGGUCCUCUCUAUAGUUCCCUCCCUCGCUGCUACUUCCUGAUCCUUGUUUGCCCCUUGUGCAUUUCUAUUUUCAGGGGGUUUCAUGGCAUAUUGUAGAUAGGGGGCGCUGUGCUAAGGCCAGGCAAACAGCAAGGAUGUUCUUUUUUAACCAGUGUAUUUUCCAAAAUCCCAUCACUCCCAUAGGAUAAGCUGACCCAAAUGUUGGGGAGCAAAGAAAUAAAAAAUAAAAUAAAAAAAAUAGGACUUUUUGGGGGUGACAAUCAUUUUAAUCCUUCUGCUGCUAAUGACCUUUCCAGAGCCCUCCCUUCCCCCCGACUCCUCCUUCCGGCUUUGUAUAGUGGGGCGCUCCUCUCCGGGUGGACUCCAUCUUUUCUUUCCUUUCCUAUGAUUUAUUUUAUUUUAUUUUUUCAACUCUUUGUUUCUCCGGGGGAUGAGCGGCGAGCGCGACGCUGUUCUGAGAAUAUGAAAUGUAAGUGGACGGCGGAGAAACUGUAAAUACUUGUACACAGAUUUGUAAGGACGUUGGUUUUCUAUGCACUUUUUUUAUUUAAGGACUGGAGAAUAAUGAUUCAUGUCUCACCUGUUUAGCAUUUUAAAUAAAAGGAACAUUUUGCCA